AGUCGUUUCUCCGAUUUUCUUGCGCCUACAACGAUGACAAUUAUUUAAAGUCAUGGACCGUCGUACUUUUUUAUAUUUGUUUAUUCAAAUUUUGUUUACUAAUUUUUGUUUUUGUAAUGUUUCUGUUGAAAAGAAACAAAAGAUCUUUAAUGGUUUUGUUGAUUAUUUGAUGAAUUUGCCCGACCAACCAUAUUUACUUCACGACGGAAUUUUGGAAAAUAUCGCAGAAAUAAGUGAAAAUGGUUAUAACAUUGAGGUUCAAUUCAGAGGGGAGGAUAUAGAAGGUAAACAUUUAAAACAUGUAAAGUGUUCUGGCAUUGUAUAUGAUAAGCAGGAAAAUGGUGUGGAAGUGGCUAGUGGCUAUCAAUGCCAGUAUGACACAGAGUCUAGCACCAUUACCGAGAGUCUUGAAGAAGUUGUAACAGAGUGGCUGACUACUGAUCCUCCAGUACCUCACCAGCCUAUAAAACUCGACAAUGAAGUUCAAACAGAACCUGUUACUUCUGGAGAACAGUUCAUAGCGGUGCGUCGUGACAGUAAACCUUGCAUCGGGUGCGCUUCACAAGUGGACCCUGAGGCUACUGGUGUAUCUGAACUAGCUUUACUUGGCAUAAGGCAGUUGGACCAAUUAGAACCUGGAGUUUACCAUAGUCUCAAAAAAGUCAUCACGGUGGAAAGGCAAGUCCAGGUGGUGAACGGAGUUCGUUAUGUUCUUACAUUAUUAAUUGAUUAUAACAGUUGUACAAAAAAUGUUACAGACGAUUGUGUUUUAACUAAGACAUGUAAAAUAUCUAUACUAGAUAAGCCAUGGGCCAAACUUCUUGACGGUUCAAGAUAUAGAGUUGUGGUUGCUAAUAACUGCACUGCUGAAUGGCUAUUUGAAGAAAAUGAUGAAACGUUAGGGCAAGGUGACCGCGAUAAACCUGACAAUUCUCAGAAGCCUACUCCAGACUAUAGUGGCAUCCCAAACACAGGUUCAUUAGAAGAUAUAAUUCAGUCUGUUCGUAAUCCAGAUGUCCAGUCACAACCAGAUAUAGAGAAAACUUUAACAGACGAAGAAAUUAAAAAUAUACAACAGCAAAUAAUACCCAAUAAUCAAUUUUCGCAGCAAAACUUAGAGAAUCAGCAAUUUGUUACAAAUGAAGUUGGUAGUAAUGACAUACACGCUCAUCAAUUCACUAAUCUUGAAUCACACGCAUCGGACAUAGGUGCAAAUCCUAUCACUGAACCUGUAAAAUUACCCCAAACUUCUAACGGAAUAUCCGAGGACAAAAAAAAAGCAAUCGAUGAUUUAUUAACUUUUUUCGAUUAUGCUGGUUUUAAUCAUAAAAGUGAUGACCUCAAAGAAACGCCACGAAUUAAAAGAAGCUAUGAAAACGAAUUGAAUAUGUUUAAUAUGGCAGAAAAUUUCAAUAAAAUGAGAAGAAGUAUAGACAGCGCUAAAAAUAUUUACGCAUUAGCGCAGUCUAUGGUAGAUUAUUUGAACGAAAUGGAUAUGUCAGUAAAAAAUAGAAUUUUAAGUUCUGUUAUAUCAGCUGAAGAAGAGUUCGAAAAUAAUAAACAUUACUUUUAUAUACAGGCACGAAUAAUAAUUCCAUGUGAUAAAAUUGAAUGUGAUAAUAAAGAUGAAUUGAAAAAAAUAUGUAAUGGUGUCGUUCAUAGUAAUGACGAAAAAAAUCCGGAAGUUUUGACAACAUUUUGUUAUAACGACAAUAAAAAGAAAAUGCUAAUGAGUAAAAUAAGUAUUGUAACUCCUGAUGAUCCUGUAUUACUAAAAUUGGCAAAUAUUGCAUUGAAAACAAUAGAACUUGAAUCACAUGAUGAUAAUGCGUUACGGAUAAUUAAAAUUCAUAAUGCCAGUACUCAAAAAGUCUCAGGUACUUUAACAAAAUUAUCAAUUCUAUUAGGUAACACAAACUGUAGUAAAUCAAUGGCUUUAAAAAAUAGAAAUAAUUGUUCCGUACAAGAGAAAUUGGGAACUAAGUCAUGUGAAGUAGAAAUUUUAGAAAAACAAUGGUUGAAAGAAAAGAAGAUUUCCUAUAUUUGUACAGACCGACCUGUCGGAGAAAGUUUUGUGAACAAAAAGUUAGAAUAUAGUACUGACGACCCAGACGUUGCCGAGAUGGUUCAAGAUGCUUUACAGUAUUUGGAACUACAAUCAAAUAAAAACAGCAAACAAAAAUUAGUAGAUGUUACAUCAGUUUCAACUCAACUUGUGGCUGGACUAUUAACAAAUAUAGAAUUUUUAAUUGGUUAUACUAACUGUUCUAAUGAUCAUGAUAUUAGACAAAACAAUUGUGAAUUAUUGAAAAAUGAAAUACCUCGUAAUUGUAAAAUGCAAGUUUGGCAAAGACCUUGGUUAGAUGAAGAAAGACAAAUGAAUGUUUCUUGUGAAAAUGAUUUAUCCAACGAAAUAAAUGACAAUGAAGAUGAUUUGCAAAUAAGAAAAAAAGGAGACAUAGAGUUGCAACUGUCUGCUGGUGGUAUAACUAAAAAAAGUGACAACGACCCUCAUUACAGAGCUUUGGCAGAAGAAUCCCUACGAAAAUAUUUACAGUUAUCUGGCGCUACCGAACCUCAUAGCGUCGUCACAGUUGACAAUGUAGAAACACAAGUAGUAGCCGGCUCAUUAACUAUGAUCGAUUUCACCGUAUCAAAAAAUAAUGAUAACGUCAUUAAAUGUUAUUCAAAGAUAUGGGAACAGCCUUGGCGUAACAAAAAAGAUAUAAAUGUAACAUGUAAUUUACCAAAUGAGCACAAUCGUGAAAAAAGACAAAUCCCUGGAGAAGUAACUAAAAAAGACAGUAAUGACCCUCGUUACAGAGCUUUGGCAGAAAAAUCCCUACAAAAAUAUUUACAGUUAUCUGGCGCUACCGAACCUCAUAGCGUUGUCACAGUUGACAAUGUAGAAACACAAGUAGUAGCAGGCUCAUUAACAAUGAUCGAUUUCACAGUAUCAAAAAAUAAUGAUAACAUCAUUAAAUGUUAUUCGAAGGUUUGGGAACAGCCUUGGCUCAACAAAACAGAUAUAGAGGUAACGUGCAAUUUGCCAAAUGAGCACAAUCGUGAAAAAAGACAAAUCCCUGGAGGAGUAACUAAAAAAGACAGUAAUGACCCUCGUUACAGAGCUUUGGCAGAAAAAUCCCUACAAAAAUAUUUACAGUUAUCUGGCGCUACCGAACCUCAUAGCGUCGUCACAGUUGACAAUGUAGAAACACAAGUAAUAGCAGGCUCAUUAACAAUGAUCGAUUUCACAGUAUCAAAAAAUAAUGAUAACAUCAUUAAAUGUUAUUCGAAGGUUUGGGAACAGCCUUGGCUCAACAAAACAGAUAUAGAGGUAACGUGCAAUUUGCCAAAUGAGCACAAUCGUGAAAAAAGACAAAUCCCUGGAGGAGUAACUAAAAAAGACAGUAAUGACCCUCGUUACAGAGCUUUGGCAGAAAAAUCCCUACAAAAAUAUUUACAGUUAUCUGGCGCUACCGAACCUCAUAGCGUCGUCACAGUUGACAAUGUAGAAACACAAGUAGUAGCAGGCUCAUUAACAAUGAUCGAUUUCACAGUAUCAAAAAAUAAUGACAACAUCAUUAAAUGUUAUUCGAAGGUUUGGGAACAGCCUUGGCUCAACAAAACAGAUAUAGAGGUAACGUGCAAUUUGCCAAAUGAGCACAAUCGUGAAAAAAGACAAAUCCCUGGAGGAGUAACUAAAAAAGACAGUAAUGACCCUCGUUACAGAGCUUUGGCAGAAAAAUCCCUACAAAAAUAUUUACAGUUAUCUGGCGCUACCGAACCUCAUAGCGUCGUCACAGUUGACAAUGUAGAAACACAAGUAAUAGCAGGCUCAUUAACAAUGAUCGAUUUCACAGUAUCAAAAAAUAAUGAUAACAUCAUUAAAUGUUAUUCGAAGGUUUGGGAACAGCCUUGGCUCAACAAAACAGAUAUAGAGGUAACGUGCAAUUUGCCAAAUGAGCACAAUCGUGAAAAAAGACAAAUCCCUGGAGGAGUAACUAAAAAAGACAGUAAUGACCCUCGUUACAGAGCUUUGGCAGAAAAAUCCCUACAAAAAUAUUUACAGUUAUCUGGCGCUACCGAACCUCAUAGCGUCGUCACAGUUGACAAUGUAGAAACACAAGUAGUAGCAGGCUCAUUAACAAUGAUCGAUUUCACAGUAUCAAAAAAUAAUGACAACAUCAUUAAAUGUUAUUCGAAGGUUUGGGAACAGCCUUGGCUCAACAAAACAGAUAUAGAGGUAACGUGCAAUUUGCCAAAUGAGCACAAUCGUGAAAAAAGACAAAUCCCUGGAGGAGUAACUAAAAAAGACAGUAAUGACCCUCGUUACAGAGCUUUGGCAGAAAAAUCCCUACAAAAAUAUUUACAGUUAUCUGGCGCUACCGAACCUCAUAGCGUUGUCACAGUUGACAAUGUAGAAACACAAGUAGUAGCAGGCUCAUUAACAAUGAUCGAUUUCACAGUAUCAAAAAAUAAUGAUAACAUCAUUAAAUGUUAUUCGAAGGUUUGGGAACAGCCUUGGCUCAACAAAACAGAUAUAGAGGUAACGUGCAAUUUGCCAAAUGAGCACAAUCGUGAAAAAAGACAAAUCCCUGGAGGAGUAACUAAAAAAGACAGUAAUGACCCUCGUUACAGAGCUUUGGCAGAAAAAUCCCUACAAAAAUAUUUACAGUUAUCUGGCGCUACCGAACCUCAUAGCGUUGUCACAGUUGACAAUGUAGAAACACAAGUAGUAGCAGGCUCAUUAACAAUGAUCGAUUUCACAGUAUCAAAAAAUAAUGAUAACAUCAUUAAAUGUUAUUCGAAGGUUUGGGAACAGCCUUGGCUCAACAAAACAGAUAUAGAGGUAACGUGCAAUUUGCCAAAUGAGCACAAUCGUGAAAAAAGACAAAUUCCUGGAGGAGUAACUAAAAAAGACAGUAAUGACCCUCGGUACAGAGCUUUGGCAGAAAAAUCCCUACAAAAAUAUUUACAGUUAUCUGGCGCUACCGAACCUCAUAGCGUCGUCACAGUUGACAAUGUAGAAACACAAGUAGUAGCAGGCUCAUUAACUAUGAUCGAUUUUACAGUAUCAAAAAAUAAUGAUAACAUAAUUAAAUGUUAUUCAAGGAUAUGGGAACAGGCUUGGCGUAACAAAAAAGAUAUAAACGUCACGUGUAAUUUACCAAAUGAGCACAACCGUGAAAAAAGACAAAUUCCUGGGGGAGUAAUUAUAAAAGACAAUAAUGACCCUCGUUACAGAUCUUUGGCAGAAGACUCCCUACAAAAAUAUUUACAGUUAUCUGGCGCAACUGAAUCGCAUAGAGUUGUCACAGUUGACAAUGUUAAAAUACAAGUUGUAGCUGGAACAUUAACCAUGAUUCAUUUCACGGUUUUAAAAAAUAAAAAUAAAACAAUGAAAUGUUAUUCAGCUAUCUGGGAACAGUCUUGGAUCAAUAUAAAAGAAAUAAAUGUGACUUGUAAUUUAGAAACCAAGUCCAAUAAAAGGAAAAUACAAAUUACCAAUGGAGAAUUAGAUGACAUGAACGGUGGAUUUUUAACGUUAAAUAAGAAUAGCUCUGACUACAAGAAAUUAAUUCAGAAAAGUUUGCUUACAUUUUUAAAAUCAUCUCAAACCGAACAGCAUUAUAAAGUAGUUAAAAUACUUAAAGCCAAAAAACAAAGAGUGGAUGGUGGCAAAGUAAGGGUUGUCUUCCUUGUGUCACCUACUAAUUGUCAAAUAAAGAAUGAUGGUAAUUUGUCUGCAUCUACUUGCGAUAUACAAAACCCUAGUAUUGUAAAUAAAUGCUUAGCUGAUAUCUGGGACAAACCUCGGUCUUCUACGAAAGUUUAUAUUGUGGACUGUUAUCUCAAAAGUGAUCAUCGUCAAAGAAGAGAGGUUAUAAGAAGAAAAUUUAGGGUGUCAAAUUAUAAAAUUGCUGCAGCUCACAAUAAAGUAGGAUCUACAGUAGAAGAAGAUCCAAAUAAAAACGAAUAUAGAAUUUUAGCAGAUGAAAGCUUACAGAAAUAUCAGCGUUUACAGAAAUAUAAUGUUCGCCAAAAAAUAUUACAAGUUAAAAGAGUUGAAACGCAAGUUGUUUCAGGUAUAAUUUAUAAAAUAGAUUAUACUGCUGUACCAACAAUUUGUUCUGUAAAUGUUCUUGAUACGUCAUUAUGUGAUCAAACAGAUGAAAAAGUUAUACUUUAUUGUCAUGCUGAAAUAUGGGACCGUGCUUGGUUAAAACGCAGAAGUAUAGAUGUUUCAUGCGUUGAUUACGAUCUCGAGGAAAAAAAUAGCAAGGAAUUAAGACCCAAACGUGGUAUUAUCGGCGGAUCAGAGAGCAAAGAGAUUGACAAUGAGCAUUAUGAGAAAUUGGCUGAAGUUGCUUCUGAAAAAUAUAUGAAGUUGACAAAACCCAAAUACUUUCAUAAAGUUUUGGAGAUAAUUCACGUUUCUGAAAAAGUUGUGCAAGGAUUUUUAUUAAAAAUUGAAUUUUCCAUAGCUCCGACCACGUGCUUGUAUAAAUCUGUAACAGAGAAUACAAAAAAUUGUCCGUUUCAAAUUCCGAAAGCUAAAUUAACUUGUUUUGCAGAAAUACUUGAGCGACCAAUGUUUGAUGUAUUCGGUGAUGAUAUUACUGUAAUAUGUCGUCGAAAAAAGAGUAAAAAACCAAAACAUUUAAGUAAAAACGAUUCAAAACCUGAUCAUAAAAUUAGAGACAAACGACAAAUACGAAUGGACGAAAAUGAAAUUGAUGACGACGUUAAAUAUGUCUAUGCUCAUCAUGCAGUAAAGAGUAUUAACAAACGCUCUGAUACAGAUAACUUACAAAAAUUAAUAACGAUUCAUGAUGUUGCAAGCACUGUUCAUAUGGAGACGCCAAUGGUUAGAAUGUACAUAGAAACUGCAUACACAUACUGCCUCAAACAAGAUCAAGAUAUAGAUCUGAAUACUUGCGAUGAAUUAGAUGGAUUGAAUCAUAAAAUAUGUUUUGUGAAAGUAUUUCCUUCUGUUGACGAUGAAUUAGUCGUUAUAAAGGUUGUUGCAGUCUGCGAUGAUGAACCAGAUUUUGUAGAUGCAACACAACUCUCAAUACCCGACUUAUUAACUAUUUCCCUUGUCUCAUUACAAAAUUCACCAGAUAUAGGUUAUAAACUAGUGCAUCGAGGUGAGCCUUAUGUGGUUCCGAGCUUACAUUCUAAUAUACCUGUGAAACUUAGCUUUGUGGUAGCAACUACAAAUUGCUCCAAAUAUGUCAAAAUAGAGUCUGAUGUUAAAGUUCAUUGUUUUGUUGAUACCACGAUACCGGAUAAAGUUUGCCAUUCUUAUAUAUAUAUGAUACCGGUAACAAAGAAAAUUACACAAAUUAGUGCAAACUGCUCGGCACCGUAUUUGACCCGAACAAAGAGAACGCUUACACCAGAAAAUACAACAGCGAAUAUACAAGAAAUGGUAGAGCAGUCUUUAGAAAAGUUGGAAAUGUCUUCCCUUCAUAGAUACAAACAAAGAGUUAUAAAAAUAAAUAGUUAUUCCACGAAACUUACGUCUGGUAGAGUGACUACUAUUGACUUUGAUGUGGGUUAUACAAAUUGUUUGAAAUAUGAGUGGGUAAAUGAUGUAACAACAUGUGAAUUUAUAGAACAUUUGCCAAGGAGACAUUGUAUAUCGGAAAUUUGGGAGAGGCUUUGGUUGAAGAACGGUAGAAAAUUACAAGUGACUUGUCAAGAUGACGAAACACCGUUAGAAGCUCAUGUAGAAUUUGAAAGCGCUGAUAUUGCUACACGCUUAGCACAGCAAGCGUUGAGACAUAUUGAAGCCAAGUAUCCGCAUCCAAAGAAACAGCAGCUCGUACGUAUAUUUUCUUUGGAGAAACAAGUGGUGGCCGGUAUACACUAUAGGAUGAAAAUUGAGGUCGGUUUUACAGAUUGCUUAGCAUUAAGUGUUCAAGAAAAUUGUAAUUUGAUAAAUGAUGGCACUCCAAAUAGAUUUUGUCGAGUUAAUGUUUGGCUUCGACCGUGGACUGACCACCCACCGAAUUUCCGCGUAACUUGUGAUUAUCAGGCAGGUGCUAUAUCGCAAAUGUACCACCAUGUUCAAGCGGAACAAUUAUUUUUUAAUUUUGUAACCACAUACAAACCGGAGUACGUAAAUGACCACUUAGAAAUGACGAAGAGGUUUAGCAUAUUUAAAGAGAAUAUAAAGAAAAUUCAUGAAUUAAACACUCAUGAAAGAGGAACUGGUGUUUAUGCGGUCACUAGAUUUACUGACUUAACAUAUGAAGAAUUCAAAACAAAAUAUUUAGGUUUAAAUCCAAGUCUAAAAAAGCCUAAUCAGAUACCUAUGAGGCAAGCAGCUAUUCCUAAAGUGGUAGACAUUCCUGCCAGUUUCGAUUGGCGUCCACUUGGGGCAGUUACUGAAGUGAAAGAUCAAGGAUCUUGUGGGAGCUGCUGGGCGUUCAGUGUUACAGGUAACAUUGAAGGCCAGUGGAAAAUGAAAACUGGUAAGUUGCUGUCACUGUCUGAGCAAGAAUUAGUUGACUGUGACAAACUUGACGAUGGCUGCGACGGAGGUUACAUGGACAACGCAUACAGAGCGAUAGAAGAAUUGGGUGGGUUAGAAACAGAAGACGAGUAUCCUUAUGAAGGUGAAGACGAUAAGUGCACGUACAAUAAAACGCUUUCUAAGGUUCAGAUUUCGGGUGCGGUGAACAUAUCUUCUAACGAAACAGAUAUGGCCAAGUGGUUGGUCCAAAAUGGUCCAAUAUCCAUUGGCAUAAACGCGAACGCGAUGCAGUUCUAUGUGGGCGGCGUGUCACAUCCCUGGAAGGCGCUUUGCAACCCCAAAAAUAUCGACCAUGGUGUGCUAAUCGUUGGCUAUGGAAUUAAAGAAUACCCGCUGUUCAAGAAGGAAUUGCCUUAUUGGAUUGUGAAGAACUCCUGGGGUCCACAGUGGGGAGAGCAGGGUUACUAUCGCGUGUACCGUGGCGAUGGCACAUGUGGCGUCAAUACCAUGGCUUCCAGCGCUAUUGUUUAACAUAAAAAUAAUUGUAUAUAGACAUCGCUUAAUAAUAAAUCGCUGCUAUCACGAAAACAUACAAACGAGAAAAUCCAUAUUAGAAUAGAAAAUUAAAAUUAUAAUCACGCGACUAUUAUAUUAUUACAGUAUGGAAUUUCUGCUACAAACACUAUUGUUUGUAGUCUACGUGGUGGGUUACUAUUAUAAUAAAAACGUACAUAUAAUACAUAUUUUUGACUAAUAAACUGCUUUAAAAUGUUUUAUUGUAUAGUAAAAUUAUUAUUACUGCUUUAAAAUGUAUAUUAAAAUUAUUGUUGAUUUCCAUGCGCACUAUCCAUAAAUGAAACAACUUAAGUGAACACAAAACCUGUAAAGGGUCAGAAACGUUAAUACAAACGCAAUGAAACCGUUUAAAAGUUGUUUCAUUUAUUUAAACAGCAAUGAGACCAUGACAAAAUGUCUUAUACAAGACAAGCAUUAAAAAAAGAAUUAAUAAGCAAGUUAAAUAGUUUAUUCAAACAUAAGCUCUAAUUGAGCGCUCUCUAUUCUUUAUUAGAAAUGUCAAUUUAACUAUGUGUAAAGUUAAAACUAUUAAAUGCAAUUGUUAAAUACAAAGGCUGGUUUCGUGCCUAAUUAAUAUUUUGAUAUUCUAUACAAGAA